GACUGGUUGCUAAGGUGAAAAUUUUUUUAUUGCAAUUUGCACCCUGCAGAUUGGCCGGCUUGGUGCCUUAUUUUCUUUGACUCUAUCACUACGGGCUGAUAUAUAUUGUUGGUCCUGAUGAUUCCAGGUAACUAAUAUGGUUUUCCUCUCUGUUAGCUUCGUCAUCCACCCACAGCACAAUACAAUGGCGCUCAGCAAGGAGAGCAAGGCCUUGCUCCAAGCCCAGGUCGAGCUCUGGAACCAGACCUUGAGCUUCAUGAAGUCGGUGGCGCUUGCGGUUGCCUUGGACCUCCGCAUCCCCGACACCCUCCGCCACCACGGCGGCGCCGCCACCCUCCCCCAGAUACUAUCUGGGAUUGGCAUCAACCCGUGUAAGCUGGCUAGCCUCCGUCGCCACAUGCGCGUUCUCACCGUCGCCGGAACAUUCGCCAUCCAACCAUCGGAAACCUCGUCAGGUAGGCACGAUGAGCCUGUCUACAAGCUGACGACAGUCUCCUGCCUCCUCACGGGUGAUGACGUCGGUGAGAACACAGCAAGCAGCUUGUCCCCUAUGCUGAGCCACGUGCUCUACCCUUUCCAUGACUCGGUGCUCAGCGUGGGCCUCACCGCAUGGUUCCGGCACGAUGAGGAGCCCAGCAAGUGCCCCUACGCCCUGAUGCACGGCGUGACCCUGUGGGAAAUGUGCGGGAGCAGCGAGGCGCUGAACGCGUCCAUCAACAACGCCAUGGCCGCGGACAGCCGCUUCCUAGUGCCGAUCGUCGUGGAGGAGUGCGGCGGGAUCUUCCGCGGGAUCGACUCGCUGGUCGAUGUCGCCGGCGGGGUUGGCGGAGCCGCCGCCACCAUCGCCGCAGCGUUUCCAUCUUUGAAGUGCAUGGUGCUGGAUCUCCCUCACGUUAUCGCCAAGGCUCCGUCUGUUAGCAACGUGCAGUUUGUCGCGGGCGACAUGUUUGAGAGCAUUCCACCCGCUAAUGCUAUCUUCCUAAAGUACGUCCUGCAUGACUGGGGCGAUGACAAGUGCAUCAAGUUACUGAAGAAUUGCAAGCAAGCUAUCCCUUCAAGAGAUGCAGGCGGAAAGAUAAUAAUCAUAGAUAUCGUGGUUGGAUCUAGCCCGUCAGAUAUUAAGCUUCUAGAGACACAAGUUUUGUGUGAUCUCUAUUUCAUGGAAAUUGGUGGGGUUGAACGAGACGAGCAGGAGUGGAAGAAGAUAUUCCUUGCAGCUGGAUUCAAGGACUACAAUAUUAUGCCACUUGGUCUCCGGUCGAUUAUCGAGCUCUAUCCAUGAAUGAUGCUCACUGUCUGCUAGAUAAAUAAAAACAUAUGGCAUGUGACCGUACUAGUUACUCUCUGCUGUCGGACUACUAUAUAUUCCGUUUCAGAUUUUGAAUUCAGUCAGUUUGAAUAAUCUGUUCAGACAAA